AUGUUUGCUCUUGCUCUUGCUCUUCCGCUUGCAGCGUUCGCAUUGGCUAUGCCCAAUCCGCGUCUGCCCCCGCGGCAGGAUGGGUCGCCCUGCGCUGGAUUUGGAGAAAAUUCGACGGAUUCUCCGUCCUAUAACUUCACGCUUGCAGCGUACAACUCCACGGGAAGUAACGCAAAUAGUACCGGUGCGCCCCUGGUCCUUGCUUGGGGCCCACCUGGCGAUAGCGCAGCCGCCAGCGCGUGGGUCUUCUCAACGUAUGCAUCCUGGGGUUCAGACGAAUGGCCUUACAAUGUCCUGGAGCAAGGCGCCCUGCUGCCGCAGCCGGGGCCUUCCGAGGAUGGCCUAGGGGCUUACAACUUGUUUGCCCCCACCGCGGGCGAAGAGGUCAUCUGGUUCGUGACCACAAAAGAGGAGGAUCCGAGCACCCAGCAGAUCUUUUGCGCCGUGACAUCGUCGGAAUACGAUGUCUUGGCUGUGAAUGGUAGCGCGGGUAAUUUCUCCCUGUGUGCAGCCACGACCGACUGGGUGACCGGAAGUCAGUUCAAUCUUGUCUACGCACCGGCUUCGAACGGCAGCAGCUACGUUUACGAGACGUGUUACCCUGUGCGUGUCCAGCUUAUUCCGUAUGUAUAG